AUGUGCCGCACAGCGAUUGCAAUCGUUUCUCACUGCACCUGCGUCCGGUGCAAUUUCGGGGAUGUACUAAACGCAAGCAGAAACGGAUAUUACCCUCACUACGGGACAACGAUCGUCAGUCCUGAGGAAAAGUCCGACUUAGAAAUUUGGUUUAAUGAUGAACUGCGAGAGUAUUCGUACAUCGUGGUCAAGCCGGAUGAUCUUUGCGGAUUAGUCGCUCUAGAUGUUAAGGGGAAUUACCUCUGCUGUGAGAAAACGCCCGAUAUAUCGGAGAUCAAACAUGUUUUUGAACGAAACCCUGAUGGAGGCGCGGAUAGUCUGUGUGACGAGUGCAUGAAUUACUGUUUCAAGUUACGAGAGGAGGAGGGGAAUAGUAAUUCUGAUAGUGGUGAUUUGGCGCACUUGAUGGACCGGCUUGAUGCGUCCGAGGACGAGAUUCAGGAGAGUGAGAGCGGGAGUAGUAAUCUGAGCCAGGGGCGGGGACAGCAGCAGGAGGAGAGACAGCUUUCGAUGCAGGAGAGGAUUUAUCGGGGUGUGUUUCAAGUGCUGGGGUGGCCUGAGACUGCCCCGAUACCCUUUGAUCCUAUUCUUGACGCUAUGCCGCCUCCGUAA